AUGGAACUACCAUUUGAAGUAUUAGUAUAUCUUUUUAAAUAUUUGCCAAAAUCUGACAGGAAAUCUGCAAGUGAAACAUGUCAAUCAUGGUUAUGGAUUCUUACGACAACCCAGUACCUGGAACUUCUCAUUCCUGGGACGAUCCUGCUUGGAAUACCCUCCACAUCGAGGAGACACUCGCAGUUAUGGAUUCGUUUAUCGAAGAACCAAACAGAGAAGAAAACAAAUUUACUUAUCCAUUCACCUCAAUAUCCAAUCACGGAUUCUGAAUUAUUGGGGAUAUUGUCAGAAAAUGUAUUGGAUGAAUUGGAGACAGAUAAUGAUGGUGACUCUGAUCCCGAAUUUUUCGAAAAUGCACAUGAAAAUGCUCAAGAAGACUAUGUUACGCCUGGUGAAGCAUGGUUUCCCGGAAACCCGACAUCUAAUAUAACCGAAUUCCAAUUCCUGAAGACCCCCGGACUGAAAGAAGAUGUUGUUGAUGAGCCUAUUAAUUAUUUCGACGCAUUGUGUUCUUCUAAUCUGCUGGAAUUACUUAAAGACUGCUCCAAUGAAUAUGGAGAAAUAGAAAAAAAAUCUACCGCGGCCACAAAAAGCAGAAAAAAAUCUUGGAAGCCUGUAACCAGUCAAGAAAUGAAAUUGUUUUUCGGUCUCAUAUUUUCAUAUGGGAUUUAUAAAGAUAAAUCGCUUGAA